AUGGCCCCCGAGCGGUUAGCUCUCGCUGCCACCCCAGGCCCUGCAGGCCCUUGGAAGGCAGUGGGCCCUGGGCUCUCCCAAGUUUCAGGAGAGGAGAGAUCUCCUGUGACCUCUCUGAUGGCCUGUGGGCACAGCCUGAGGCCGCAGCCUGGCCCAGCUCUUCUCUGUGCUGGGCGUCGGCCACGCCAGGCCCCGAGAGCUGCCUCCUCUCCGGGGCCGCGGCGAGGGCCUCGGAGCGAGGGCACUGCUGUUUUGCACGUCUCCGGGAAGCGGCGGGGCGUGGCUGAACAGCUCCGGAGCGCAGCGCAGUGCCCAUGUUCUGGAGACGGCGCAGAUGUGUACGGCGGCGGCCCUUUCCUCACAGAGGGCGAUCCCGGAAGCGAGCUCAGCGAGCGCUCUCCCCGCCCACUUCGGGACCCCCCGGGUUUCUGUGGCGUGGGGCACCCCGGCGGCGGGGCGGGGGUAACUCUUACCUGCGGGAGUGGUGGGAGACGGGAUCCCCGCGCGCGGAGGGGGGGGGGGGGGCAGGGCGGAUGGGGGAUCUCACGCCGCAGCCGGUCUCCCCCGACGAGAUGCUCCUUUUUUUUGGUCCACCCGACCAAUCGGACGCAGCGGCUGGAUUCUACGGAAGCCGGGAUGGGCCCUUCGUGGCGGCAGCAGGACUGUCCCCUGCCGACCAUAACGCAUUGCGCAGGGUGCACCACCACCACCACCACCACCACCACCACCGAGUCCUCCUGCGGCUUUAACGCCUCUGACAUGGAGACAUUGCAGUUCCAGCUGGGCUUCUGCUCCGAGCAGCGGCAGCAGCACGGCCAGGACAAGCAGAGUCUUCUCCAGCAGCCACAGCAGCAGAGGCCAUGCCCCCAGUGCAACAACUGCACCUACUAUGGGGCCGCUGCGGCAGCAGCGGGGGAUAGCCUGCCCUCGCUGCUCCGCACUUCUUCGCCCCUCUCGGGCGCCUUCAGGACUCACUCCUCGCCGCUCUCCGCCUCCUCCCGGCAGGGCAGCCAGUUGAACGUCAGCGAGCUCACCCCCUCCAGCCAUGCCGGCUCGUCCAGGCAGCCCCACCAGUACCCCCAGUACCACCAGUGCCAUAGCCUGCAGCAGCAGCAAGCAGCCAGUCCCAGCAGCAGUGUCAGCAGCGGCAGCACCCACCAUCACCACUACCAGCAGCGUCGGGAGAGCAAUCCCUUCGCCGAAAUAGCCAUGAGCAGCUGCAGGUACAACGGCGGCGGCAUCAUGCGGCCGCUCAGCAACCUGAGCUCAUCCCGCAGGAACCUGCACGAGCUUGACUCCGAGUCUCAGCCGCUCUAUCCGCCGCUCGCCAGCCCCAUAGCCGCUGCCCCGGAGAUCGUGGUCUCCAAGCCCGAGCACAACUCCAACAACCUGGCGCUCUACAGCUCCGGCGGGAACAACGGCGGGGGCAAGUCCGGCAAGAAGAAGAACCAGAACAUCGGCUACAAGCUGGGGCACCGCCGGGCGCUCUUCGAGAAGCGCAAGCGCCUCAGCGACUACGCGCUCAUCUUCGGCAUGUUCGGCAUCGUAGUCAUGGUGAUCGAGACAGAGCUGUCCUGGGGCGCCUACACGAAGGAAUCUCUGUAUUCCCUCGCUCUAAAAUGCCUUAUUAGCCUCUCCACGAUUAUCCUGCUUGGGCUCAUUAUUGUAUACCAUGCAAGGGAAAUUCAGUUAUUCAUGGUGGACAAUGGAGCAGAUGACUGGAGGAUAGCCAUGACUUAUGAGCGUAUUUUCUUUAUCUGCUUGGAAAUACUUGUAUGUGCUAUACAUCCCAUACCUGGGAACUAUACGUUCACGUGGACAGCCCGGCUUGCCUUUUCUUAUGCUCCAUCCACAACAACAGCUGAUGUGGAUAUUAUUUUAUCUAUACCAAUGUUCUUAAGGCUGUAUCUUAUUGCCAGAGUUAUGCUUUUGCAUAGCAAACUUUUCACUGAUGCAUCAUCUAGAAGCAUUGGGGCGUUAAAUAAGAUAAACUUCAAUACCCGCUUUGUUAUGAAGACCUUAAUGACAAUAUGUCCGGGAACUGUACUGUUGGUUUUUAGUAUCUCGUUAUGGAUAAUUGCUGCGUGGACUGUCCGAGCUUGUGAAAGGCUGACAGUCGUCUUUCCUCAGAUCUUCUAAUGUGGCCUAGAUAUUUUCUCUGUACAUUUUCCUUGAUGCCAUUCUCUACCACCAAACUAAUAAAGCUAAGAAUAAGUUAAGAAGGAUGCAAAACAGACUGGAUUUUGAAACAUCAGGUGAAUGUUCCCUCCCUCAAGCCAUCCCACAAAAAUGCACAAGAUAAGCAGGUUUAGCACUUCCACUGCUGGAGCAGCAGCACUAAAUCUUAACCACUGCCAUGAAACCAGACGUUCAGAAGCAGCCAAAUACAACAACCAAAGGCAACUUCUGAGGAGAGUCAUUGAUAAUGAUCUGUGUGUUCUAGAUGGGGAAACUAAGGUGAUUGUUGAUUGAUUUAAUUCAUCACUGAUGCAAAGAAAAAUGGCCAAGGAAUUGCUUGAUAAUAAUUUUUCAAACACAAGAUAAUUUUUAUGAAUCUGUGAUGCUUCAUAGCUCAGUUAGCUGCAUCUCUUAACUUAUUCUACACCUCCCAAGCUACUCCCGUGGUUAGAGGCAGAUGAAAAUGCCUACAAAAGUAGCUCAUAAAUAUUUCUAUGCUUAAGUAUCAUAUAUAUAACAAUGAUGCUCAGCUUUUACAAGAUUAGAAGCGAGUACUUCAGACAACUAGGGACUUCCCCUGCUCUUUUCAAAAAAAGAAAGUUGUCAAUAUUCUAGUCCUAAAGAUACAGCUAGAUUUUGCCUGAGAGCCCUUAUGAUGGAAUAAAGAGGGAAGAACAGGAAAACUUCACUGGCAGAAUAACUGAGGGAAAAAGCAUAAUCUGUCUGAGGAUUCUCAGGAAUUUGGAAAGUUGGUAUUAACCUUUGGCUAAAAACUGUGAUGCGAUACAGACAAAAAUCAAUUAUGCAAACUAUCAAAUGCGUUCUGAGGAUCUAUCAGAUAUGUUUUUGCCACACUAUUACAGUGUUCAGUGUAAUCAUGCAUCAUGACCCAAUUAACAGACCAAAGCACUGCAAACUGCUCAUGCAAACUGUCAGUCCCCAAAAAGUGUAAUCAAUAAAAAUCAUAUUUGCUAACCGCUCAGACUACAUGCAAAGAAACAUGCACUUUUGUCUGCCAAGCUUUAACUAUCUUUAAUGGUAUUACCAUUGUAAUAACUCUACUUAUCUUUGAAUUUUAGAUCUGAUUUUUCCUACAAUAGCUAAACUUACUACUCAGUUACAUUUCUGUAACAUAGCUCCACUUUAAGAUUAGUCUUCCUGUCAAAGAUUUUUUUCCUAGUUUUUUUCCUGUUGUUCUCAUUGAAGCUCAUUUUUGCUAUUUUUUUAGUAUAUAUUCCUCUUUAAAAUGAACAUUAAAAAUUCACUUUAUUCAGACCAACCUCACAAGCAUCCACAAUUUCAGAAUUUGAUCAUGUACAUUUUCUGUUUCAGAUUCUUUGGUAGCAUUGAAAGAGCUGGAAACAAUAGUGAUGUUAUCCAUUAAUAACUCUUUGCUUAGGAAGUAUUACCUGCAGUAUUGACCUUCAUACUACAAAGACCCAUUUGAUCCAUAAAACUUAACAUUACUUUGUCAUUGACAUUAAGGUUGGUGUUUUCGGGUUUUUUUAACUGUGACUUACCAAAUGAAAAUACACUUUGAAAC